ACUCAAGCAAGAGACAGCUAGAGCUAUGUAAAGGUCUCUCUCUCUCUCUCUCUCUCUCUCUCUCUCUUCUGGGUAUAUGCGUGUGUACUUGUGUGGUCGCUCUGACACACCACAGCCUUUCUUGGCUACUCUUCUGCCGCUACGCACACCGGACCGGAGUGAACUAACAGGCAGUAUUCAGGCAGGCAGCCACCUCUGGUCACAGAAACUAUGGAGGGACUGUACUUUGAGGUGAAGCCAAGAAGGAAUGAAGCCCCGAGGCCAGGGACCUCUGACAAACCCUGUCCUAAUCUUACUUCAAACCACCGCUCCUGUCCAUCAUUUUCAAAACUCACCUCUUCCACGCAGUACCUUCAGAAACAUGCUCAGGAGAGGAUGGCGGCAUGGGGGGGAAAGCUGGAGGAGGAAGGAGAAGAGGAGAUACGAUACCAACUGACAAUGAUCGGCGCUCUGCCAGUCCACCAUCUGACCACCAUGGCCAUGCUUCCCUGGGUGGUGGCUGAGAUCAGCAGAUCUCGGUCACUGGAGAAGGAUCUGGGCUUUGGGGGUGGACAGUCGGGCCCUGCCACAUGUGAUCAGGCAAUUUGUCUGUGUGUGUCGGCAUCGUGGGUGCGGUGUGUGUCCGUUCUGGGACAGGGAGUUGUAUGGGACCCGCUGACACACACUGUGCUGUUUGAGUGUCGUCCUCACCAAGUGACAAAGUUAAUUCACAACAGCCAGGAGCCCAGCAGCUUCGCCUGUCUGGUGAGAACCAAACCGAACUGUGCCUGCUAUGUGUUCCAGUGCCAGGACAGCACCAAGGUCCCUGAGAUUAUCAGCACAUUGAGGCAGGCUGGCAAAAGCUCAGCACGCAGCAAUGACAUCACCGCUGUUUCCACCAAGACUUCCACAGGUCCUGGAAGCAGUGACUCCUCUCAAACAUGUAUUUCCUCCCACUCCACUAUGUUGAGCUCAACGGCACCCGUUGCUGCUGUGUCACCAACGACCUUCGCAAAAAAAUUCGAGGUACUGUUUUGCGGCCGUGUGAGUGUUGCUCACAAAAAAGCCCCACCUGCCCUAAUUGACGAGUGCAUCGAGAAGUUUAGCCAGCUCCAUGGCUCAGGGACUACUGAUAAAGGAGGAAAUAGCGGGGGAUUGGUAGGCGGCCUGAAGAGGGCAUUAACCUUCCAAUCCAAUGGACUGGGAAGUGGUGCUGUUGGUAAUGGUGCUGUAGGGAGCCCCACCACUGGAAAGCGCCCUGUUCUGUUCAAGCGAGACCCCAGCUUUCCUUGCCUGCAGGCCCUGGAUGAGAACGGUCUUUCACCAGAGAUUUCUAACACCAACACUACUGAUCCACUCGCCGGAUCUGCUGAGGUACAACCAACCAGCCUGCAGGAGAACAGGACCAUGCUGUUUACGGUGGGCAGGUCUCAGAUCUUCUUGGUUAGUCCUGACACUAAGAAAGUUGCCAUAGAGAAGAGUUUCAGAGAAAUAUCCUUCUGCUCACAGGGUAUUCGUCAUGUGGAUCACUUUGGCUUCAUUUGCAGGGAGACUGUGGAGGGAGGAAGCUGUCACUUUGUGUGCUAUGUCUUCCAGUGUACGGAUGAAUCACUGGUAGACGAGAUUAUGCUGACUCUGAAGCAAGCGUUCUCUGUGGCAGCCCUGCAGCAGAAUGCAAAGACCCAGAGCCAGCAGUGUGACAGCUGCCCCAUGCAGCAGCUCCACAGACUGUGUGAAAGGAUAGAAGGUCUACACCCAUCAAAGACCAAACUGGAGCUUCAGAGAUACUUGGCUACUUUGGACAAUCAGGAGCAAGCUUCCAUCUUUGAAAACACUAUGCGGGCUCGUCCUAAGAGCGAUCAGGAAGAGAAUGAGUUGGUGAUGGCCUCUUUGAGGAAUCUCUAUGAGGAGAGACAGAAGAGUCAUCAGCACACACUGCCUGGAGACAGCAAACCGGUGUCUGAGGAUGCAGCUCCAGCACCCGUGGAGGCGCAGCAGCAGAGCAGCAGUCGGCAGCGACUGGAGCAGUUCAAGAGCCGAGCCAAACGCUCUCUCACUGAGUCCCUGGAGGGCAUAUGGAAGGGAAGCAGCAAGGCCAGAACUCAGAGGGACAACAGUGAAGGAAGUGAUAGUGGCUCGUCUGUUUGUACUGUCAACAGCAGCCAGGACCAGCCCUGCAUAGAUGACCCUUUGUCUGCCUCUUCUCAUGUACGACCCACCAGCCCACUCAGAUGCCACAACUCAACAGGCGACCUCAAGCACCUUGACACCUCUCUUUCCCUGUCACCAUCCUCCUCCUCUUUACCCCGUGAUUCUCAGCCACAGGGCUUCCGCCGGCGGGCCAGCACCUUCAGCCACCCCCCCACCCCCUCCUCAGUACUCGAGUACUCUCCGGUGCAGAUAUUAAUUCACAAGCCACAGGAGCCUUCUGCAGCUAACAAGCCCAAGCUCGUACGACACUACUCCGUCAGCACAGACUCCCCACACCAGAGCAAUGAUGUAGCAGCUCUCUCUACACCAAAUGCAGCAUGCGAAGUGGGAGAAAGCCCUCUGCGCAGCCAUCGCCACUCAUGGAGGCAGCAGAUCUUCCUACGGGUUGCUACUCCUCAGAAGGGCACAGACAGUAAUGAGCGAGUGGAUCCCUGUCUAGAGGGGGGUCGGAUGUGUGUUGGCCAGGCUGUGGGUGGAGGAGGUGGGGACUCAUCCAUGAGAGCGGUGCCUGAGGAAAGGACGAAGAGGAGCAAAGAGGAGCUGAGGGAACUGUGGAGAAAGGCCAUCCUGCAGCAGAUCCUGCUGCAAAGAAUGGAGAGGGAGAACCAGAAGCUACAAGCCUCAGAGAGUGAUCUGCAGAACAAGCGUCUGAAGUUGGACUAUGAGGAAAUAACCCCUUGUCUAAAGGAGGUCACUCUGGUGUGGGAGAAAAUGCUGGGAACUGCUGGGAGAGCAAAGGUCAAAUUUGACACUGAGACCAUACAUGCUGCAGUUGCACAAGGUGUCCCGAGGCAGCAUCGAGGUGAGAUCUGGAAGUUUCUCUCCGAACAGUACCUGCUCAGGCAGACGGUCCCAUCCCGACCGCCUUCCAAUCACACUCCGUACAAAGAGCUGCUGAAACAACUCACCUCGCAGCAACACGCCAUCCUCAUAGACCUGGGUCGCACAUUUCCCACUCAUCCAUACUUCCAGGCCCAGCUGGGGGCUGGACAGCUGUCCCUGUAUAAUAUACUGAAAGCUUACUCACUGCUUGACCCCGAGGUGGGUUACUGCCAGGGACUGUCCUUCAUUGCUGGAGUGCUGCUUUUGCACAUGGGGGAGGAGGACGCCUUCAACAUGCUCAAAUUUCUAAUGUAUGAUGUAGGCCUCCGCAAACAGUACAGGCCUGAUAUGAUUAUCCUGCAGAUUCAGAUGUACCAACUGUCGCGGCUGCUCCAUGACUACCACAGGGAUCUUUACAGCCACCUGGAGCAGCAGGAGAUUGGACCCAGUUUAUAUGCCACCCCCUGGUUCCUCACUGCCUUUGCUUCACACUUCCCCCUUGGCUUUGUGGCCAGAGUCUUUGACAUGUUAUUCUUGCAGGGAUCAGAGGUCAUCUUCAAGGUGGCUUUGAGCCUGCUGGGGAGCCACAAGCCUCUGAUCCUGCAACACGACAACCUGGAGUCUAUAGUGGACUUCAUCAAGACUACACUGCCCAACCUGGGCCUAGUGCAGAUGGAAAAGACAAUCAACCAGGUGUGCGAGAUGGAUGUUUCCAAGCAGCUCCAGGCCUAUGAGGUGGAGUACCAUGUGCUGCAGGAUGAGCUACUGGACACGCCUCCAACCCUCAACCAGCACCAGCGAGCUGCUCAGCUGGAAAGGACCAAUCAGAGCCUCCGACAGCAGAAUCUCGAUCUGCUGGAGGAGCUGCAGGUGUCCCAUGCUCGCGUCUGCAGCCUGGAGAGUCGAGUGGAGGCUUUGGUGCAGUCGGAGGGUCGGCUGAAGGAGCAGGUUUCUGUGCUGGAGGAGGAGAAGCAGCAGCUCGCGAGCACCGUCGCUCACCUCCAGGACCUCCUCACCAGCCUCGGCAUACACACCAGCCCUGACGGACACACGGUCCCCCCGCCCUCAGUUGCAGCAGCAUCAAAGCUGGAAGGCAGAGAGGGGCUGGAAAACAGGACUGUGGACUCUCUGCUCCACCCGCUGGUUCUUCCAAAGGGUUCAUAACCGCAUCUUAUAAUUUUCCAAAUGGUAAGUUCGUCCGAAGGAGGAGCCAGGUGUGAAAGGCCCAGGUGGAGAAGGCUGUUAUGAUGACAUCCCACCUACAGAAAGAUUUCACAACAAAAGAAGAAUGACAGUGGUAGUUGGGCAUAGACAGGGGUUAGAAGAGAGCGAAAACUAAAGGAUAGCACCCUUUUCCUUCACUCUAGCAACUGUAAAUAAACAUGUGAUUUGACUAAUCCCCAAAGAAAGCACUGUCCCACUGGGCCUUUACUUUAAAAACAAACUAAUUUGCACCUGUACUUGUAUGUUUUCAUCUUUGAAAGCACUCCUGUGUUAUACCAGUGGGUUUGUUUAAAUAGGUGGGAUGCAACACAGCCAAAGAUUGUUCUUAUUAAUGUACAACAAGCUCAAAGAACAAAGACUCCGCUCGACAGUAUUCAAAAACAUGGUAAUGAUCACUGUUACACGUAACAAAUAAGAAAUACUCCCAAAGAAAAAAUAGUAGGAGACAAGUGAAACCAGAAAGUGAGUUGUAGGGACGGGUGAAGAAAAAACUUCAUGACCACAGUGUUUUUUUGUUGUUCUAUUAUAUGACAUCCGCUAAAAUAAUGUUAGAUCUUGGAUGGUGGUGCUCAUAUUCAGAGGUCAGAGGUGAACUAUUUUCGAUUCUUCCUCUACAUUUCUAGUCUUCCACAGUUUUGUUUCCUGACACUGUACAUUUUAGACUUCAUUUAGCUACAGUAGCUCACAGGAAGAGCCACACAAUCUAUCCAGUCCAUUUCACAUCCUGUUUUUUCACCUUUGAAUACACGUCGAUUCAUCUGUGUAGAUGGGAAGAUUUGAAAGGCUAAGCGUUCCCUUUCUAGUGAAGGGGAAGUACAGACUUCUACCGAUUGACUACUUAUAAUUACUGAAAAAGACACUUCAAAUGGGAACCCUCUGCUGUUGAGACAAUCUGUCACCUAUAAAUCAUUUACUGUAUUCAACACACUGAAUUCCUUUGACUCGAGCUGCAGCUUGGUGUGUUUCUAUGUGACUGUUUGAAUGUUGUUGUGUCUGUGUUCCUGAUUGCAACAAAUCUGUUGAUUUACACUGUAAAGAUAUUUUUGCUUUUACCCCGACUGUCUUUGCACAUGUUUUCUGUUUUAUUGAUUAUUACUGUUGUCGUUGUUCUGUACUUUAAAAUAUAUUUCAUAUUCUUUCAGCACAUCUGCAGCCAUCUUUCUUUCUGUGUCUCUGUGGGGUUGUCUGCAUACAGCAUGAGCUCAUGAGUCAAGUGUCAGACUGUGAGAUUGUAUCACAGCGAUUGUACCACCUCCUGUCUAAACAUGCCAGUCACUUGGAAGGUUACAGGUUUGAUACAAGGUUCCAACCAUAUGGAAAUUCACCAUACGCAGUAUUUACCACACAGAUGUGCACUUGUUUCCUGGAACUUCUCCUCAAGUUGGAAGGAAAAACAGGCUUGGACAAGUUGUGACUCUGUUAGUAUGCAUGUACUGUCUAUGGGGAUGCACAGCAGAAACAGCACCAACAAAGAACCUAAACACAUAAAAAACAGAAUUUAGGUU